AUGCAGCACGAAGCGACCGUUCAAGGCGGGGAGCCAGACCCGGUGGACAGCACCGGGCUCUGCUUACUGUCCCUCGAUGGCGGGGGCGUGCGCGGAUUGUCGACCCUGUACAUCCUCAAAGGAUUGAUGGACCGACUGAAUCAGACGCGACCCAAGGGCUCACCAGCAAGAAAGCCCUGCGAGGUAUUUGACCUUAUCGGAGGCACCAGUACAGGCGGAUUGAUUGCGAUCAUGUUGGGUCGAUUGGAAAUGGAUGUCGAUGAGUGCAUCGCGGCUUAUAUCAAGUUGAUGAAAGAGAUAUUUGGCAAGCCCUCGACAAGGAACCUAUCCAAACUCUUUGGGAAGAUCAAGCCCCAAUACGAUGCCAGAAAGCUCGAGGGUGCAAUCAACGAAGUCAUAAACAGCUGCGGAACCAACACGACUGAUUUAUUCAACGAUGGAGUUCAUCGGAGUUGCCGGGUAUUCGUCUGCAGUAUCACGCAGGAGACCAAAGAUAUUGUACGCCUUCGCAGCUACGGCAAAUACCUCGGGAUUCCGGCUACCAUCUGCCAGGCUGCCCGAGCAACAUCGGCCGCCACUACCUUCUUCGAGCCGGUCACCAUUGGAGCGCGUCGAUUCGCGGAUGGCGGACUGGGGGCCAACAACCCGGUGGAUGAAGUUGAAGGCGAAGCGUCUGAUAUAUGGUGUGAAAACACAGGCGACCUCAAGCCGCUAGUGAAAUGCUUUAUCUCGAUCGGUACCGGCAAUCCCGGUAAGAAGGCAAUGGAAGACAAUCUGUUGAAGUUUGUUUCCAAGACUUUACCGGAGCUUGCCACCCAGACGGAGCAGACAGAGAAGCGAUUCAUCGCUAAAUGGCGGCAACAUUACGACAGCAAGCGGUAUUUCCGAUUCAAUGUGGACCAGGGGUUACAGGGUGUCGGGCUGGCGGAAUAUCAGGAGCAGGGCGUGAUCGAGUCAGCGACAGAGGGAUACCUUGAUCACCAGGCAGUGGCAUUUCGGGUGCGGGAUUGCGUUGAGAAUUUGAAGUUAAAGCAAAGUGUGUAUUUGGAAGACUUUUCAUAG